GAUGUUGGUCCAUCAUAUAAAUUACAUAGUAUGAUUAUUCAAAUAUUCGUUUAUGAUUCGAUAACUAUUCGAAUAUUAAUAAAAUAUUUAUUCAAAUCUUAUUUUGAAUUCGUCUCAUAUUCGGAUUUGGAUUCAGAUUCGAAAAAUUAAACAAAUACAAAUUCAAAUAUAUCUUCGAUUCGGUUCCUUUACCCUCCUACUCAAUAGUAGGUCGUUUUGUUUAUAGAAUAAAACCGGCCCAAUAAGUUUGAUCUGCAUCUGCUAUUGGAGAGCAAAAUGAACCCUAGCAUGGAAGAGCCUGGGAAGAGGACGGUCAGGUUGGUGGAUGGUCUUGAGAUAUUCACACCUCCGGCGGGUUCUGUUCGGUAUGGUAUUGGGAGAACUCAAGUUGAAUACACACCUGAAAGGCGUCACAUCUGGAGCAAAGCGAUGGAAUUUUUAGGGGAACCAAUUCCGGAUCAUAUUCUGAAGGAGCAGUCUUCUCUGCCUUAUGGAAAUCCCUCUCGGUGUCCGGAUGCAAUAAUUCCUGAAUUUCGGACUUUAGUCCGAGACCGGAUCUUUGAUGUUUUCGUAUGCCUCCGAGAUCUAAAGCUAGGAACACGAGUAGUCAAUGAUGCGUCAAAUGCGGACCUCAAAAAAGCGGCGCAAUGCUUUGAGCAGAAAUUGUACCAGACUUCCUCUCAGUCUAAAUAUACGGACAUGACAGUUGCGGCAUGGCGCUUAGCUAAGGAAGUAUCUCCUGUUAAUUUUCCCCUGAAAGUAAUUUAUGAUGUAAGGAAAACACAACAAGAUUACGAAAAGGAGAUUGAGCAUUUGAAGAAUAUGAUUCAGGGAGUGACAGCUAGCGGCAAAGAGGAGAUUGAACGUUUGAAAAAGAGGAAGAAGAUUCAGAAAGAGAAGGUUAGAAAGUACAGAGAGGAGAUUGGGAAUUUGCAGAAGAGGAUCCACGAAUUUGUGGCUAGUUACAAAGAUGAGGUUGAAGGUUUGUGGAAGACCAUGCAGGAACUGGAUGCCAGUUGCAAAGAGGUGAAUGGACGUGUGAAGAAGAGAAAAAGGACUGUUAUAGAUAACACGGAGGAGGAGGAGGAAGAGAAGAUUCUGAAUGUGGAAGGCUGAAGAAAAAUGAUGGAACUCGAGGUCAGAAAUUACUAAGUUCCAUUUUGAAAAUUGCUGAAAGCUAGAGAUGGAUUAGUAUAAGAUUUUGAAGGUUGCUGAAGGCAAAACAAGUAUUUAAAAAACGUUCUAUGAAGAAAAUGAUGGUACUCAAGGUCAGAAAUUACUGAGUCCCCUUCUGACCAUUUUUGUUUGUGUGUGGGUUUUUAAUUGGUUAUUCGAUAAAAUAAAAUAUUCUAUGUCUAGUAGUUUUGUAUAACUGUUGAUGUAAUUUUUAUUAAAUACUACAUCCGUUCCAUUGUCUUUGUCUAGUUUUAACUUUUGGAACUGUUCAUAUAAGCACUUUGACUCAUCAAAUUC